AUGGGCGGCGGGCAGUCCACGUGCGGAGAACUUCGAGCACAACGUGCUCACCUCCUCGUCGACUCGCAGGCACCCUCACGCCCACAGAAGCCUCGCGUGAAGCGGCCCCGGAUCAGCGGGAAGCGCCUUGCCGCUUCCGGUCGCGAGCCUCUCCUCGGCUCCGACAGUGUCUUGGAAAUCGACGAAAACGGGGCGUAUCUGGUGAGGCGACACAGUCAGCCUCUCUUUUGCCGUGGAUGUGGUCUUUGGUUCCCAUCGGUGCAGGGCCCUCUGGCAGUGGGGCAGAGGAGCGGAUGGGCGGUGCAGCAGACCGCAGAUCACUUAUACGAGGGUAUGCAUAGCCAUGAUUGAGAUCCAUUCACACAUCUUCUCGUCUCUUGCGUGUGUCUUUGAACACACACCUCUUCAGGCGAGUUCGAGUCAUCAAAGAAACAUGGGUGGGGGGCACUGACGUGGCUUCAUGUCAAAGACGCAGUGCAGGUGACAUACUUUGGUGACUUCGAGAGUGAUCUGCCCAGCGGUGAAUGAACGCAUUUCCAUAUGGACAUCGAUUCUCGCCCUCUCAUUUCCUGUGCUUACCUGCUUCCACUCAGGCAAUGGUGUGCUGGUGCAUCCCAAGGGUCAUCUUAUUACCAUCACAAAGGAAGGAGCCCGGUUCCUCUUCGACCGCAGAUCUCCCUGCACCCCCCUGAAGACCACCUAUCGACAGCCAUUGCCUUCCAGCAGUGGCCCCACGGCACUCCUCUCUCAAGCGUCAACCCGUGAGUCGCUCAGCAGCCCCAUGCACAAGCCCCUUUCCCCCAAGCUCAGUCCAUCGACUCGGUUCCAUCUUCCCAAGUUCCUCGUCCGAAGCCAAGCAACACGGAUAGGUUUCGCUGGUGUCCGAUUCUUGAGUGGCGGCAAAGAUGACAGCAAGGAGCCACCGUCUCUCUCCGGCCUCCGCUCAAGCGACAGUGAAAUGUCAGUCGGCCAGCAGUCAUUUUAUCGACAGCUGCAGCGCGACGGAGCCGUCUUUAUUCACGACAACGACAGCAACAGAAAGGGGCAGCGAAAAUACGAGUCAAUGCCAACGCCAAACGAGGACGGCUUCAUUGACAUUGGCGAGCACUACGAGAGGGAUUUUCUGGCGCUACCUUACAUCAAUGCGCCAACAGAGGAGAAGUCCAAGAGCAUAAUCGCCGAGGCCUCAGCGGCAAAGGCGAUUGAGUGAGUACCACACACAUAGCAAGGGAUGCCGGUCGAUUGUAUUGACUCUCCUUCUUUUGUUUGUUGCUUUCUAUUUACGUGGACGCCGACACAUCUGAGCCAGUUCCUGCAAUCUGUGUCUUUACCAUUCUCCGCCCACGCCCUGCGUCGCGUGUCAAUCGAUGGGGUGGCUUUCAUCAACGCGACACAACACGGUGACAACACAAGCGAGACACAGGGCAAAGUUCUCAUUGGUAGAGGAUUUGUGUUGUAUGUAUCAGAUUUGGUGGCCUGGGGCUGCCCAGCCCAAGACAGUAA